AUGUUAGCAGACGGACAUUAUGUUGAUGGGUCUUGGCUUCUCACCGUGCAUAUAGAUGCACUGAAUAUCGAUCGUCAAGUUCGUGUUCAAGGUGAUUGGUCUGUUGGUGAACUUUUGACCGAGCUCACCGAGGGAUUGCCUGCUCCGCUGACCAAACCACCCAAACCACAUGAAAUCAGUCUACGCUCAGGUGGAGUGAGAACUGGAUGGGGAGAUCAUCAACUGUGGUGGCCAGCCAAAUCCCGAUGGCUUAUUCAUUCCAGAAUCAGUUUAAAUCAGUAUGGUCUCCAAGCCGAUGCGUUGCUUCGCUUAGUUCCUGUGUACGGACGUCUCCGAGUGCAGUUACCCGACCUACAGAUACGUGAUUUCGUGGAUGUAAACUACGCAGACCCCGUUUUUCGUGUGACCGUAUCCAUUUGUCGUCAGUUGAAUAUACGUCACCCGGAAGAACUUUCCCUAUGCUAUCCAAUCACACAAACGGAUCUAAAGCAUACCCGAUUUGUCCCCGCAGUGAUCGAUCGUCGUCUACACGCGGUAACCACUUUAGGCAGACGUGUGCCAUUCCAACGUAGUGCAACGAUCAACACAACCCAUACACAAACCAAACAAUCUCCAAAUUAUAACACGCUGGGCAAAUUUAGCAAAGAAAAUUCUCCCGAAUUAACAGUCACUUUGUCUCGUAGAAAGAGUGCAACCAGCGUAUCUCAAACUUCAGAGCACCUCUUCGGUCCACCACGUCUGCGUGAUCGGGGUCAUGGGACUACGGGACCGGUUUGUCCCAGUUGGUACAGACUUUCGAAAGCCAACUCAGUUAAUUUGUCUCGCUUCGGCCCACCCUGUUCACCGGGGUCAAUGCACACACUGGCAUUUGAACUGCGCACAUUCGAAGAUCCCUAUCUGGCCUCAAGUCCAGUGAUUGGUGUUGAAGAUGCCUGCUAUAAAGGCUAUCUGGUGCGUCCAAAUGGGUUUCUGCAACGGCUUCGUCUGAACAGCACCUGGCUUGACUCGGCCCGUUCUCUAAUGGAACAAGGAAUCGAUAUGAGUUAUCGAGCAGAUUUGGCCGAGCCAGCACCGCCGUCACAGCCGUCAUCACCCCCGGAUGUUACCACUGUAGCUGGUGGCGCUCCACAAUCGCGUACCCUAAGUCGAACAGAAUCGAAAUUGGACUCCUCCUCUUCCACUGCCGUCCCAAUUCUAUGGUUGCGGUAUAAGUAUGGAACUUUUUACGACCUGAACGUGAAGUAUGACGCCGUUCGAAUUAAUCAGCUUUACGAACAAGCCAAAUGGUCUGUGAUUACUGAAGCGAUUGAGGCAACCGAUGAUGAGGCCUGUUUGUUAGCCGCACUACAAGCACAUGUAAGUCUGGAUGCAAUUGAUCGAUCGAUUUAA